CACCGAGACAGUAAGCAGCAUGAACAUGUUCUCCUGUUGGACUUCUCCAUCUGACGAUGACGAGCCGCACAGGCGGGUAAACGAACCGGAGAAGAAGAGAAAAUGGUGGCAGAGACGCCAGAAGGUGGAGAUGCAGGACGUAGAGGGUGGGGAGGGAAGCGGGGUAAAGGGUGAAGAGAUGGGGCAAGGAGUGGAGCAGAAUGUUUUAGAGGACCAGGCAGACCAAAUACCAAAGAUGGAGAAGCAGGUGGUUCUGGGAAAAACCAAACCUGAGAAGAAAGUAAAGAAGAGAAAAUGGUGGCAGAGACGCCAGAAGGUAGAGAUGCAGGACGUGGAAGGUCAGCAGGGAAGCGGGGUAAAGGGUGAAGAGAUGGGGCAAGGAGUGGGGCAGAAUGUUUUAGAGGACCAGGCAGACCAAAUACCAAAGAUGGAGAAGCAGGUAAAGAAGAGAAAAUGGUGGCAGAGACGCCAGAAGGUAGAGAUGCAGGUGGCCUCACGGGACCUGGUGGAAGAACCAGAGCAGGUCGUCCUAAAGGACCAGAGGAAGGAACCAGUAAACAAGGUGGUUCUGGUUUCUGAGAUUGAGAUGAAGAAGUUAGAGCAGGUGGACCCAGUGGAGCAGGUGGACCCAGUGGAAAAAACAGACCAGGUCGUGAAGGAGGCCGAAAGGCAGGUGGACCCAGUGGAAAAAACAGACCAGGUCAUGAAGAAGGCCGAAAGGCAGGUGGACCCAGUGGAAAAACCAGACCACGUCAUGAAGAAGGCCGAAAGGCAGGUGGACCCAGUGGAAAAACCAGACCAGGUUGUGAAGAAGGUAGAGAGGCAGGUGGACCCGCUGAACCUGGUUGAAGAACCAGAGCAGGUCAUCCUAAUAAACCAGUGGAAGGAACAUGUAAAAAAUAGGGUUCGUUUCAUUGAGAAUGAGAUAAAAAAGGCCGAGAGGCAGGUAAACACAGAGAAAAAACCAGACCAGGUCGUGAAGAAGGCCGAGAGGCAGGUGGACCCAGAGGAAAAACCAGACCAGGUCGUGAAGAAGGCCGAGAGGCAGGUGGACCCAGAGGAAAAACCAGACCAGGUUGUGAAGAAGGUAGAGAGGCAGAUGGCCCCGCUGAACCUGGUUGAAGAACCAGAGCAGGUCAUCCUAAUAAACCAGUGGAAGGAACAUGUAAAAAAUAGGGUUCGUUUCAUUGAGAAUGAGAUAAAAAAGGCAGAGAGGCAGGUGGACCCAGAGGAAAAAACAGACCAGGUCAUGAAGAAGGCCGAGAGGCAGGUGGACCCAGUGGAAAAACCAGACCAGGUUGUGAAGAAGGUAGAGAGGCAGGUGGACCCAGAGGAAAAACCAGACCAGGUCGUGAAGAAGGCCGAGAGGCAGGUGGACCCAGAGGAAAAACCAGACCAGGUCGUGAAGAAGGCCGAGAGGCAGGUGGACCCAGAGGAAAAACCAGACCAGGUCGUGAAGAAGGCCGAGAGGCAGGUGGACCCAGAGGAAAAACCAGACCAGGUUGUGAAGAAGGUAGAGAGGCAGAUGGCCCCGCUGAACCUGGUGGAAGAACCAGAGCAGGUCAUCCUAAUAAACCAGUGGAAGGAACAUGUAAAAAAUAGGGUUCGUUUCAUAGAGAGUGAGAUAAAGAAGGCCGAGAGGCAGAUGGACCCAGUGGAAAAACCAGACCAGGUCGUGAAGAAGGCCGAGAGGCAGGUGGACCUAGUGGAAAAACCAGACAAGGUUGUGAAGAAGGUAGAGAGGCAGGUGGACCCAGAGGAAAAACCAGACCAGGUCGUGAAGAAGGCCGAGAGGCAAGUGGACCCAGAGGAAAAACCAGACCAGGUCGUGAAGAAGGCCGAGAGGCAGGUGGACCCAGAGGAAAAACCAGACCAGGUUGUGAAGAAGGUAGAGAGGCAGAUGGCCCCGCUGAACCUGGUGGAAGAACCAGAGCAGGUCAUCCUAAUAAAGCAGUGGAAGGAACAUGUAAAAAAUAGGGUUCGUUUCAUUGAGAAUGAGAUAAAGAAGGCCGAGAGGCAGGUGGACCCAGUGGAAAAACCAGACCAGGUUGUGAAGAAGGUAGAGAGGCAGGUGGACCCAGUGGACACAGUGUUAAAACCAAAGCAGGUAGGAAAGAACCAGAUUGAAAUAAAGAAGCCAAAUUUAGAGGAGAAAAUGGUCCUCAAAAACCUGGAGAGGAUGGAGAACAAAAGGCUGGAGAAGCAGGUGCUUCAGAUGGACCAGAUGACAAAGGUAGAAGAACGAGUGGAUCAGGUAGGUUUAAAGACUACGGUUAAUAAACCUGAGAAGCAGGUGUGUCUACAGGACAGGCAGGUGGUUCUAGUGAACCGGGUGAAGGAACCAGACAGGGAUGAAGCACCUGAGCACCAGUGGACAGAACUGGAGGAGCCAGCAGCUUUGGAGCACCAAACAUGGAAACUGAAGGAGCAGAACCUGGAUAGAGGAUGCACUGAAGAUCCACUGAAGAACAUCUCCGAGGCGUCUUCAAACAAACCGGACCACGAGCAGCUGCAGGACGACGUUCUUGUUCCCCCCAUCGUCGAAGCCCAACCUGGAGAGUCCGGGGCUCUGAUGGAGACCGCGCGUGAAGAUGAAGGUGUCCCGAUGCCGAAGUCGAGGAGAGCCAGCCUGAGAACCAAACGGUUCCAGUUCUUCAACGCCUGAAGCUGAGGUGGUGACGAUCCGGAGAUCAUCCAAUCACACGCCGACUUUUCCAACAUCAAAAUAACAAUAAAGUGCCUUCAUGAA